AUGGAGCACCGACGCGCUCGCACCGGACCGAUCCGGUUCCGCUGCUUCCUGCGCAACACCAUCCUUGACGUGAUGCGCUGUCGUGGCUGGAUCGAGACGGACAGCGAGUCGGACUGGGAUUACUACUGGGCCGACGUCUCUUGGAUCCGGGAGAACUACGACGGCCUGCGCCUCGACGACCAUCAACACCUGAACCACUUCCGCAACCACUACGAGCUGACCCGCAAGGACACAAUGGUGCGCAACAUCAAGAAGAUGGUGAAGGCGCUGGAGAAAGACGGGGACGCCGAGGAGGUGGCCGCUGCGUGGGACUUCUUCCCUGUCACCUUCUCGCUCCCGCAGGACUACGGCCUGUUUGAGCAGGAGUUCCGCCGACACCCCAACACGAUCUGGAUCAUGAAGCCGCCGGCCAAGGCGCAGGGCAAAGGCAUUUUUCUCUUCUCGAAGCUCUCUCAGAUCGCGGAGUGGCGCCGCGAGUUCAAGCUACGCCACGGGUACUUGACAAACAGCGGCGGCGGCGGCGGGGCCAUAGGCGGGGGUGGCGCCAAUGGGGCGUCUUCGGGUGGCGGUGGCGGCGGCGGUGGCAGCGCAUGCAGCGGCAGCGGGCUGGGAAGCGUGUAUGGUGUGCCGGAGCCGGUGGAGCCGUACCUCGCCCAGCGCUACAUCGCAAACCCACAUCUCGUUGGCGGAAAGAAAUACGACCUGCGCAUCUAUGUAUUUGUUCAAAGCUAUCAGCCGCUGACGGUGUGGCUGCACCGCACCGGAUUCGCGCGCUUCUGCCACCACCGCUAUUCCCUCGACGACAUUGAUAACACGUACAUCCACGUCACCAACGUCGCUGUGCAGAAAACGUACCCGAAGUACACGGCGGCGUCGGGGUGCAAGUUCGGCAUUAGAAACCUGCGAACCAUCCUCACCGCCACCCACGGCGCUGCCCGCACAAACCAGCUGUUUGGCGACAUCCAACAGAUGAUCAUGCGCACCUUGUUUUCUGUGCAGAAGAUUAUGCUGCAGGACAAGCACUGUAGUGAGCUGUACGGCUACGACGUCAUGAUUGACGACACGCUGCACCCGUGGCUCAUCGAGACGAACGCGUCGCCGUCGCUGACGGCAGAGACGCCGGCUGACUACCACCUCAAGUUCAACAUGCUGAAAGACAUGUUUGAUGUCAUUGACAUGGAGGGCCGGCGCAGUGGCGAGGAGGAACGGGUGGGUGGCUUCGACCUGAUCUGGGCCAACGGCCCGGCUGGCGUCUCGACCAACGACAGCCAAAAGGCGAUGACCUCGUCUUACCUUGGGUGCGCGAAUGAGCUUGAGAUUCCCAUGUCGCAGCUGCGCCUGCCACCUCGACUGCAGAACCACAACAGCAGCGAGCACCCGCUCACGUGA